CAGGAAGCGUGACCUCAUUCUGCCUCGGUGCCGCUGAUUGCAUGGGCUGUUUUCAAAAGGAAACAGGGGACUUCAUAGACCUGCCUUUCCGAAGACCCAGCGCUAAUCUCUUCCAGGAAGCUGCAGAAGGAGCACCCUCCACUUCACGUCUCAGAGGCUCUCGUCUUGGUGAUGAGAAACUUUUCUGUGUGCAUGUGUUAAUAGUGAAAUGGAUUUUCCAGAUGAUCUAUAUUACCUGUAAUCCCAGGGUGUAUGAAACAGUCCUUUUCAAGAUGUAUGGAACAUCACAUGUUGCAUCGACACCAGGAGCAACUUCUUUUAUGAUCUUUUUGAUAUGCACAAGGUACCUGUCAGUGAAGACUUGUCAACUGUUUGAGCUGUCAGUGGAUAUGAUAAGGAUUCCUUCUUACUUGGCUUUUGCCUCUGCAGGUUCAACAGCUUUUAAUGGAGAACACAGAUGCAGCUUCUCACAACGUAUUUUUCCAAGCGAUGCUUGUGCCUUUUUGGACGAUGACCCUGCCUACGAGUGUUGUUCUGCAAAUCCUCUGACAGGCUCCCUUUCCCCAUGUCGCCGCAGCCGGCGACUGCUUUCUAAUGGUUAUUACAUUUUGACAGAAGACAGUUUUCUGUCUGAUGAAGAGGGCAACAUAACACUGACACCAUCCCAGACAAGUGUUACAUAUAAAGAGAAUUUAGUUCGCGUAUUCAGGCGAAGGAAGAAAAUCCGUCGCUCUCUUGCCAGCUUGUUCAAUCUUGGUGCCUCCACUUCAUGGCUCAGCAGCACCGUCCUCAACAAUAUGGAUUCCUCCCAUGUAGAUGAUCCUUGGCCUGAUGGAUGCGAUAAACUAGAAGCCAAUCAGAGUGAUAUUGGCGAUUCAGACUUUUCUUCUGAAUAUAAUAGCCAUGUGCCACAAAGGCAAACUCCAUCAUCUAAUGGAGCCUCUCUCACCAAAGACGACGAGUUUCUUCAGCCAGAGAAACGAUUUUGUGCUUCAAAAUCCUGCUCUCCACUUACGAUAAAUGCAAAUAAAGAGACUUUGAGCAAUGCGGAAUCCAGGACAGUGCGAAAUGUCCUUUCUCAGAUGGUUGCACUGAUGACGUGUUUAACCAUUUCAAUAUGCACAAGAUAUUUUCUGGGAGGAUUGUCUGCCACUUUGUUGCUGAUAAUUUUAGUUUUUCUUUUGUCCCAAGAUGCUGCUGUGUCAUCUUUCUUCAGUCUUUACACAUCUUUCAAAACAACUAAGUUUUGGAAAUAGUUGGAAAGAAAGAAUAAUUGCUCUUCAGCAUCAAACUACUGGAUACCUCCUUAUGGCCAUCAUUACACAUGUGCCUGUGGAAAAAAAUAACAGCAGUGUUAGUAAUCUUCCUUCAAAAUACAAUUCAUUUUAGCUUUAUUUUUAUUCUGGUCAAACUGUGAGUGAGGCCAUACUUCUCGGUAAGUAUCUGAAAGCAGUUGUGUGGAACAAUUGCUGUACCUCUAGUCUGUCAAUGAAGUCCUAUGUAGGCAUGGGGUCCUACAAGCAUUUUGAUAACAAACUGAUGGUAAAAAGUGUUUUGUAAUCCCCACUAAAUCAGUUUUUUAUAAAAAACUCAAUGUCUUCCCAUACUUUAGAUAUUAAUUUCUUGUAACAACAUGCUGUCAAAGAUAAUGGAUUUGGAUAGUGGCUGAGUACUUGUGGCAACGUAUUUCAGAAGCUUUACUGUAUCACUUGUGUGCACUGCCUUUUGGCCUUUAUGCUGAGCAUUAAGAAAAGAGAAAAAACGAAGACAGAAAUAUUAGUGGAAGGGAAGCACUCUUCAGAAAACCAGGAAUCAGGAUGUGGGGAAGCAAUGACAAAUCUGAAGUACCUGGAUUCAUGUACAAAAGUACAAUACCUGCAGGUAUUAAUUUUACUUUGGAAACAGUGAGCCCUAUUUUUCAGCUUGGAUCUUUGCUACAACAGAGACUAAACUACACAUAAAACCUGUGGGUAACCACAAACUGUUAUCUUGUGACUCCAAGCUUUUAAUAAUCUGCUUCUUAAAAUAUCUCCCUGUAUGCCAGUUUAGCUAGGACAGCAUGGAUUUCAUCUUCCCAUGCAACAAAAUGAUGAUAAUGUGCGAGGAUGGUAUUGCCCACCAAAUCAUUCUAUAACUACUGCUGCUUCUAUUCUGCUUGUCCCCUGGUGUUGCUAAAAGCAAUGCUAGCACAGCCCCAGCUGGUAAAUCAGACAUGAAAUGCUGCCUGUGGAAGGGCUACGUCUGCGGAUGGAGUACAAUCAGGCUGGUAGGCAUAAUGACAGGGAUUUGAAAACUGCAGCAAAAGCGCACAAAUGAAAGGUUCUGGUGGAAGAAAGAAUCAACAAAACUGAAACACCACUGUCUGUCCAACUCUGUGUCUAAGCUAAGCUCAAGCAGGUUAUAGCUGUAUUUCUAGCUUCAAAAAUCCUAACAAGUGAUGCAAUGAGGAAAAGGGUACUUGAAAUUAAGUUAAAAUGUACAUUUCUCUUUCAAAGGGUAAACAUACGCCAGUUGUAUUUUGAAGAUAAGCAUCAAUAGCUCAGCAUUAAGAGCUCAAAGAGGGAAAUGUCGCCCAAAUUCCCAAUUUUGCAUAAAAAUUUACUUUUGCCCAGUGCAUUAAAUUGACUUAGAUGAAGACAGACCAUCUGAUGUAACAAGACCAGGUUUUAUAGUUUCAAUAAAUGGUGACAAUAGAAUGUUCUUCUUCAUAAAAUUGAUGUAUUAUGUAACUAUAAUAGUAGUUAUAAUACUCAUCCUCAUAUAUACUUGUAGCUAAUACACUUGAAUAAUUUUGUCAGUAUUAAAUAAUUCUGCUUCUAUUUGCUUUAACUAUGGCGACAACUGAGAGUAAAUACCAUUGUGUAAUACGUAUAAAUAUUUUGUGUUACCUACUUCAUUGCAAGUUAUAACAGGUCCUUUACUAAAUGCACUAACUAAAGGAUUAUAAAAAUCUUUAGUGUUAAAUAAUCUCCUGGAAGAAUAAUUUGGAAAAUGAAAUCCUAUACUGAGAGAGAAGUCUAAGACUGCAAUUACCCUGCAGUCAUCAAAGCGAUUAUGGUGAAAACUAGAAAAACCUGAGUUCAUUGUAAACUAGUUAGUUCACAGUAAACUAGUGAAGAAAACGUUGAUCCAGCUUGCCAAAAAUUUUGUCUAAAAUGAAUUGCUAUAAUCUGUCUGAAUAAAUAUAAACUGUAAAUUCAAAUUGUUCUGAUCUGGAGAGGGGGAAGUUCUGGGACAAUUUGACAAUUGGAGUUCAAGGGCUAAAAAUAAGAUGCUUGGGAUCUGUUAAGAUCUGCCUUCUGUGAUAUUCAUUAAUGUUGAAUUAACAAAGUUCUAUUCAGGUACCAGACUGGUUGGCUUUGGCAGUUGCCUUCCAUAUAUUCCAAUGGACAUAAAAGCAAACCUUGUAUUGUUUCUCUGAAAAGAGGCACAAUAGUAUGUUCGAUUCUGUUGGAUGAAAAAUUGAAGUCAGAAUCUGUCUGAUGAAAAACUGAAGAAAACACAUUCUAACCUAAAUGUUUAAAUCCAGCCAUUCAGAGGUAAUUAGCCUUUGCAGCUUCUGUUAACUAGAGUGUCAAGCCUAGGAUAAUUGUGAAAUGUAAGUGUAGCAAAGUAAAACCACUUGUUGAUUAAUGAUUAACUGACACAUCUACAAACAGAGAGGACAACAGAAUCACUGUCCCCAGUGAUUAAACUCUUACUCCAGUUUAAUAUAGCACCUUAUUUAGAAAAAGAGAAUCAAAGAAGAAUUUCAAGGUACAGAUUUAUAAGCCCCUGUGCAUUAUCUCAAACCUUUCGUUAAUUUUUUUUUUUUAUCAUUACACCUUGUCUUAUACUCUCUUAUUUCUUGCUGUGUUCAGCUGAAUUUCAGGGUCAUUCUUGAGAAUAUAUCACACAGUGCUUAAUAGUGUGAAUGUUUGUGUUGAAGGGAACAGUAGUAAGCAUGACGAUAAUAUUUAUGGCAUCCCUUAGCUUAUAAUGUUCCUAGUCUGUGAGCAAGUCUGUUUUGUAUUUAUCCUGAAAGCAUUACUCAUGGAAGUCAAACCAUAAAAGAUUAACAUUUUUUAGUUCAAUGCUAUGGAGUAAACCACACUGGUACAGAAUACAGGUGUGGUCAUUUAGUCCAGUUCUGCAGAAUCUGCUACUUGGUGUAUUUUUUUGUAAAUUAGCUGCAGUGUUUUGUAAACAUCUUUGUGUAUUUUAAUAUACACUGAGCAAAACUCCUUAUAUUUUAAUAUUUUAUAUUAUACCUUAUGUACAGUUUUUCAUGCUGCUUUUUUUCCGCCCUAAUUAUCCCUGACAUUUACAUAUCAGUAAAGUUGUUCCUGUUUGCAUUUCUUCCUGUAUUUAAGGGUGUUGCCAAUAAUGAAGUUGAUUAUUGGGAAUUACGUACAUUCCAAUGAAUUUGUUAUUUGUGAGCUUAUGUCCUCCUCGUUGGGAGAGGAUUUAUUGGUACUUUGGAGUGAACGUGAAAGCCUCAUUUUGUUACAGUUACUAAGUAACUGUUACCGCCACAGAAUUUAAUAAUAAUAAUAAUGAUAGUAACAACAACAACAAAACCAAUAAUAACAAUUUAAUAGGAAAUAAAUAGAAAGACAUUGGUUCAGACUCUGAGUGGGUAUCGAUCAGCUGAUUUCCACCAGCUAAGACUCUGACCUGCAGCAUUUUAACAGCUAAGAUUUGUCCAUGGACAUCAAUAUGCUAGGGCUGUAGCACCUUACCUGAGUAUAUACUGAUGGAGUGAACACAUAUUCAAAAUACUUCUGAUGCACUGUAAUAACAAUGCUAUAAAGCUUAUUUUUGUCAUGACAUAGAAAUACAUUUUAUAUUGCAUUGUUUUACACAUUUAACAAAUAAACUCACAGUGUAUUAAAGCAGUAAAGUAAACAUCUUCAGGGAAGGCAUUCCAGAUGGGACCCUUUUUCUUCUUUCUCAACUCCAUUCUCCUGUUUGUAAUGUGGCUUAUUACAUUAUCUCUGUCAUGUACACUGAUUGCUUCAUUCUAAGAAUUCGGGUUUGUGCUGCUUGAAGCUCUUAGUACAUAAUUUGAGUGAAAAAUAACUGCAUGAAAAUAAUGAACACAAUAAGGUCAAUGUGUAUAUAUCUAUAAAAUUUAGAAUUACAUUUUAAAAUAAAUUAAUGAAAAAGUCUCUUGAGAAGUUGUACAACACUGUACUUGCAGGUUACAUCAAAUUUUGUAUAUGUAUAUUGUGUUGCUGUUGUAAAGGCUGCAAACAUUUUGUUGCAUGAAGCAUAUUGUAAGAGCAGCUCACACAUAGGCCUCCAUGCUGCAAGCAUGUGUGUAUGUGCUGGAUUUAUGAAUUAUCGUUCUUUCGCUUUUUACACAGCAGAAAAUUCUUCUAAGUGUGUAAAAACUAAAAAUCUGCUAAGAAUAAAAACAUUUGGGCUUAUCUGAA